GUCCGCGCCGCUCUGCUCAGUGGGCGCACGGCCGCGACGCGCAGCGCCACGCACGGCCGAAUCCGCUCCCCGCACGCACAUCGCGCUGCCUCAGUCACCGGUAAAGGGUACCAGACAAACAACAGGUAGCCGGGCAGCCUUCGCACAGUAGCUACUUAAAUGCCAGUUCGCCUGUUCACUUCUCUGGACCGUGCACCCUUUCGACGAUUCUAAGAAGACGGCUGGAUUCCACAGACGAUGGUCCGGACGAUGAGGAGGCUGAAGCGCGACUUGCUGCGGGCAGUGGCGGCCCUCGCCUUGCUGGCGUGCAGCGGCGUCGCCACCGAGCUGCCGGCGGCCACGACCACGACCGCGACCACGACGGCCACGACCACGACCGCAGAGCCGCUCGAGGACUGCGAGUGCUGGUGGGAGGCGCACGAGCCCGGCCUGCCGCAGAAGCACUGCCGCUGCUCCGCCCACAUCCAGCACGGCAUUCACCCCCAGCCACACACCCUGACGCUGUCGAUCCCGGACAUGCUCACCCUGCGCAAGGACGCGCUGGCGCCGUACCGCUCGCAGCUCACCGACGUCGUCCUGACGGAGAUGCGCCAGCUGACCACGGUGGAGGUUGGCGCGUUCAACCACAUGCCCUUGCUGCGUACCAUCUACAUCUCCGAGGCGCCGGCUCUGACGCAGCUGCCAGAAUGCCUGUUCUGCGACACGCCCGCCGGAUUCCGUUCGCUGCGCGUGGUCCGGACGGGUUUGGAGUCGGUGCCCGACCUCACGGGUCUGAGCCGCGCCGCCGUCGUACACAUGGUAGACCUGGAGAGCAACAAGAUUGGUGACCUGCAGACAAAUUCUGUUUCAGUGGAGACAGCGCAAUUGAUCCUCAAUUAUAACUCCAUAGAAGCUGUGCACGGAUGGGCUUUCAAUGGGUCCAAGAUUGCUGCUUUGAGCCUCAAAGGCAACUGGCAGCUGUCCUACCUGCACGAGGACGCCUUCAGCGGCAUCCACAGCCUCGCCGACUUGGACCUGUCGCAGACGGCCAUCACGCAGCUGCCCACCAGCGGCCUGGGGGAGCUCCACCGGCUGCGGCUGGAGGAGGCGCCCCACCUCACAACCAUACCCUCCGUCUACAGCUUCAGGCACCUUCGGGAGGCAUGGCUAACGUACAGCUUCCAUUGUUGCGCCUUCAAGUUUCCAGCCAGGCACGACCCUGAGAAGCACAAGGCUUACAUGGCGAUGAUGCGCAACUACUGCGGCGCCGACUUCGACGACACGGGGCAGGCGGGCGCGUCUGCGGCCACCACCGAGGGGGAGCUGAGGUGGCGGCGCGACACGGACCACGGCGGGGACUUGGGAGAGUUCGGCGAGUGGGGCGACGGCUUCCAGGGGGGCGACCUGGCCGGCAGCGACGAGCGGCUGACCGAGGAGGGCGGCGGCUGGUGGGGCGACCUGGGGGCGGCGGAGGAGGCGGGCUGGGGCGACCUGGCCGACGAGGACGCCUACUCGUGGCAGAGCGAGCAGCCGCAGCCCGGCUUCCAGCAGCUGGAGCCGCUGCGGCCCGCGCCCACGCCGCGCCACGGCCACGGCCAGCGCCCGCACCAGCACGAGGACCACGGCGACUUCUCGCAGACCACGGCGCGCAUCCCCGACACGCGCAUACACGCCCUCUGCGGAAACCUCUCGCGUAGGGUGGCGGUGCGGUGCACGCCCGAGCCGGACGCGCUGAACCCGUGCGAGGACAUCAUGGGCCUGCCGUGGCUGCGCGGCUGCGUCUGGGUCGUUGUGACGGCCGCGCUGCUGGGCAACGCCGCCGUGCUGCUCGUGCUGCUCUGCUCCGCCUCGGACCUCACCGUGCCCAAGUUCCUCAUGUGCCACCUGGCCACCGCAGACUUCUGCAUGGGCCUCUACCUGCUCGCCCUCGCCGCUAUGGACCUCAAGUCCAUGGGCUUUUACUUCAACUACGCCUACUCCUGGCAGAUCGGUGCGGGCUGCCAGGUGGCGGGCUUUCUGACGGUGUUCGCUAGCCAGCUGUCGGUGUACACGCUGUCCGUGGUGACGCUGGAGCGCUGGUUCGCCAUCACGUACGCCAUCUACCUCAACAAGCGGCUGUCGCUGCGCGCCGCGGCACAAGUCAUGGCUGGAGGCUGGCUGUACGCACUCGGCGUCGCGACGCUGCCACUGGUCGGCGUCAGCAACUACUCCAGCACCAGCAUCUGCCUGCCGAUGGAGGCGCGGCGCGCGGGCGACGUGGCGUACCUGGUGGUGCUGCUGGCGGGCAACGGGCUGGCCUUCCUGAUGGUGGCCGUCUGCUACGCGCAGAUCUACGCCUCUCUGGGCCGCGACACGCGCCACGCCGCGCCGCGCUCCGGCGAGCUCACCGUCGCCAACAAGAUGGCGCUGCUCGUGUUCACCGACUUCGCGUGCUGGGCGCCCAUCGCCUUCUUCGGCCUGACCGCCGUCGCCGGCUACCCGCUCAUCGACGUGACGCGCUCCAAGAUCCUGCUCGUCUUCUUCUACCCGCUCAACUCGUGCGCCAACCCCUACCUGUACGCCAUCCUCACGGCGCAGUACCGCCGCGACCUCGUCAUACUGCUCGCCAGGUACGGGCUGUGCACUCGGAUGGCGCAGAAGUACAAGAUGGGCUACUCGGUGCCGACGUCCAACAACUCGAACCCAGUGCCGCUGCUGCCGCGCUGCGCCGAGACGACGGUGACGCAGGCCACGUCGAGCGGCACCUCGUCGGCGCCCGCCACCGCCGCCGCCUACGUCUGACCGCCGCCCCCGGCGCCCGCCGCCGCCCCCUCCGCCUCCGUCGUCCGCGGCGCUGCCGUUGUCGCCAGCGUCCUCGGCAGCCGCGACAGGGCCGUCUGCUACGUCGUCGCCGCCCCCCGCCACCACGGCAGCGCCGCCCCCGUCACAGGCGCCGGCGCCGCCUUCACCCGCAGUUUCAAGGUCACGGCCGUCUGACGGGCGUCCCUGCCGCCGCGGCUUCACUCGCGUUCCUCACGCCAGGCCGGACUAACACUGGCGUUCUCGUGUUCCAUAUUCAAACGCCACGCUUACGAAUCAUGGCAAUUUCGCUGAAUAGUUGUGAACGAGAGUGUGUGUGUGUGUGUCGUUGCUUCGGUUUGUGUCACAUCGCUAAAUGAGUGUCCUUUUUUUGGACACACGCUUCUUCUCCCAGUUAUUGUCUCUGCGCACGUAGUUUUACGCUAAAACAUGACGAAAACCGUGCUUUCAAUUGUGCAGCUAUCCUAUGCAGGAAACAUUCCAGGUGUGCUUCCAAAUCAUUACGAAGAAUCACUGCUGAAAAUUUAUAUCUUCAGAAUGAAUUCGAAAACUGAAGUGACGCAAAAGUAACAGCGGCCGAUGUUUAAUGUAAUGUGCCAAAAGAAAUCUUCGUACUUGAAUUAUGUGGUGGCUAAAUCAUUAGUAAGGAGUAUCAUGAUACAUUUUCAUCAGGCUUCUGUAUAAUAUAUUCUUAGGUCCCUAAGGAGUAUUCGAGUAACACAGUACCUUCCUAAGUAAAAUUGUCUUUCAGUUUGUUGUGACAUUCACACUAUUCGCCUAAGUUUCACUAUCAUAUAGUGAUAAUACUUGUUCCGAGUCCAGAAUCAAAACAAGCGAUACAGAAUUUUGUCAUUUUGGAGAGGCAGAAGGAGAGAUCUCUAUUACUUGUUAAAAACAUUCUAAAGCCAAGACCGCAUAAAUAUUUCUUUAUUUAAAAAGACCGGUUUCGACAGACUUUGGUGUCAUCUUCAGAUCUUAAAACAUCUGUUUGUUAUGAAAUGUGUUCAUUUUAAGUUAGACCUCACGCCAAGUUGUCACGUAGAUAAAAAACAGCACGUUAUAAAAAGUUUGUCAUGGCUAAAAUAUCUAAAAACAUAAAGAACAUUGUUUUUAAAUUUUUUGCUAUGACAAACCAUUUACAAUGUGCUGUUUGUUAUUCACAUAAAAACUUAGCGUGAGGUCCAACUUAAAAUCGACACGUUUCAUAACAAAACGCUUUUUAAGGCCCGAAGAUGACAGCAGAGUCUGUCGAAACCGGUUGUUUUGAAUAAAGAAAUAUUUUUUUGCAAUCUUGGCUUUAGAAUAUUUUUAAAAAGCGAGACAUAAACAUUUCGACCUCCGUUGAUUCCACUGUCACCGUGUUGCUUCCAUUCGGAUAAUGGAAGGCAUAACCAUUACGUUUUCUCACACUGUUUAAAAGGUAAGCUCAACUAUUACUCUGUUUGAAAUCAUUUAAAAAAUUUUAAACGCUCUAGGUCGUUUCUACAUUUGAAAUUCACUCUCUUACAAAUCUCAAUUAGUUCACUAUUGCUUUCAACCAUGGAGUGUGUGAGACAUUAUUCACCAACCAAAAGUUACAUUAUUACACUAAGUUAUCAUUAUUUUUGUUGCUCUUGAUUUUAUUUUAAAGAAGGUGAAAUCGCUGCGUUUGGCUAACUAGGUCAUUAGCUGAUAAGUAGAAUGUAAACACAGUUUUGAGUUUUUCAGGAGUAGAAAAGUGAUCAAGCUCCGUGUUUGUGAAAAGAUUUCACUCUUGUCAGUCAACUAUCAUCAAAUCAGCGUUAUCGUAUAGCUGUUUCUAAACAUAAAUGAUGUAACAUUUGUCCAUCUGCAGUGAUUUUUUUACUGUAUACCGAAAAACAGUGGAGAUUUUAGAGGGCUCCAGGAGAAAAAUAACUGCAGACGGUCAUGUCAAAAAAGCCAACCAACAAGGCAACAGAGUAUCGCAUUCAUAGAGUACAAGGCCUGUCUACGCAGCAACUAGCACCAUUUUCUCCACUGUCGAUCGUCGCAAUCAGUCGCGAUCACCGGAUAGCAAAUAACAUUGCUACCAAGUCAUGUUUGCUGCUGAAUGGGUGGCCUAGUGCCAGGCGCUGGCUAAUAUAAUAUUGACGCUCUAUACCAUCGUUUCUGGACACGGGUUCCUGUCCUCGAUUUGGUCCACAAGACACACUCUACAACCCCUCGAAGUUUGUCACAACAUUUCUGGGGCAUCCCGUAUAGCUUAAUUCCGUAAUAAAAUAUAUGUAGUACCACAAUGCCUUCAUUACAUUACUGUCAACGAUUUCUUCAUCUGUGGUUUUUUUUAUUAUCAUCAAAUUUUGAUGCUGACUGAACAAGAUUAUAGUACUCUUCAAAGAUCAGUUACAUGUUAAUAUAUAUUAACUAUUAUGUUUUUCGAAAAUACUUAUUACAUCUGUUGAAACAUUCCAUCCAUCUUAAUACAAAACCCGUGUUGAACACCAGAGACAAACAAGUACGCUGUCUCUUAGGAGGCACAGUUUAAAAUUAAUAGAUAAACUGCAAUGAAAUAUAAUCAUUUGACAAAAGAUUAAUUUCUGUACAGUUUCAGAAAUACACAUAUUUAUUUUUCUACAUAAUCAUGAUGUUGAUUAAACAAUUCAGAAUUUCUGAAAUUAGUGUCUUACAAAAUUCUGUAUAAUAUUCCUCCACCUUUAAUUUUAGCCAGUUUAACUGACAUUUUCAAUUUCUCACUUUCAUCAGAAUGUGUAGAGAGAAGCCACCUUUAGACAUUAGAAGACACCAGUGCGAGGUGCAUAAUUAAAAAUCUUCCAUACGAAUUUUUUUUAAGAUGGUUUCUGUUAUCCACACAACCAGGUGCACACAUGACAUUCCAACUUAAAAUUUCACCCACAACUCCCUACUGCGUUGCUUAGAAAUCUCUGAAAAUUCUCUUACUAUAGCAUUCACAAGAUCAAGGAGAUCGUGAGCCAAGGUCCGCCAUAACUCUACUUACAGUGCAAAUCUGGACGUUUUUCCCGAACCUCACAUGGCUAUUGUCUCUGUUCACACUUUGCUGAAAGGCCAUAUGUUCCUCACAACGGACUGUGAAUUUCCACAGGUUUGUAUCCUUUUGGUAUUAUAAAUUUAACUGUUAAUGGAAUUUCACAACUAAAUGUAUUUAUUGUUACCUCUCUCAUAUUAACAGAUUGUGUUAUGAUAUCAGGCAGAAUAGAAUUUAUGACUGUCUCUCUAUUUUGCCAACAUACGAGUUUAUACUGCCACUCAUGUGUGAAUGAGGCAGUAUUCCUAGUCAGUUUUUCUAUGUACUUGGCCCUUAACUUUAAACUGUGCCUCCUUACUUGUUAGAAGGUAACAGAUUAUGAACACGUGGAGACAAAGCACUGGGAAAACUUCAGAAAAAAUAAUUAUAAUAGAAAGCAGGUCUUCAACGAAUAACUUCAUUCACAAAGAAAAAUAAGACGAAACUUAAAGGAACUCUCACCUGAAUCUGUGAGAGAGCCACUACCAUUGAAUAUUAAAUGAUCGAAAUCAACUAUACGCCGCUUUUAAAAAUAAGACGUCCCGUGCCAUAAAAAAUAUUAGUUACCUGUGUGGGAUGUACAUAGUUAGGCAGCAAUAUGAACAACUACGUACAGCUGCUAUUUUCCCUGAGAGGGAAAAUGUGAGUGUUUUAUGUCUGGAGCUUCAUUUUUCUGAACUGUAAUUGUAUCAUCUAAACCCAAUACAUUCCCUAUUUAUUUUUGUAUGUGUCCAACUACUUUAAAUGGGCAAGUUUUUAAGCUUAGCUUAGCGUACAAAUAUAGUUAAAUGUGCCGUUAAGUAGACCUAAAGUAGACAAAGAAUGUUAGAAAUAUACAAAGUCUAUGACGAAUAAUGUUAAGGGGUUCUGGGACUGAACUUAAAUUGACCUUCGCCCAUCAAGACACUGUUUUCUUUAUAUGCCAAAGGUCAAAAUAAGAAGUAUUCAACAGUACCUGCAAUUGUAGUAAUAAGUUAAACAGCUGAAUCACUUUUGAUUUAAGUGGACCUGUAUUUCUAGAAUGUACUUCCAUAUAGAGUGUUGUAAUGUAUGUGUAGAAUAAUUUGUGUACAAAAUCACCAAUAAAAUCUUAUAGGCCAAACUUGUACACUUGUGUUCCAUGUCAAAACCAUGAAAUGUGUUAGUCAUCUGAUACUUGAGAAUAACGAGGAGUAAAUCUCCGCACGUCAAUUCAUUGAUGUAACGCAGAUAUUUUUCUAUAUGUGUUUACGUAUGGUAAUUCCUAAGCAGCUUUUGAGAACUUGAAAAUUUCUCCAACAAUGGUACACCCUCUAUAAACUACACACUUUUUUUAAGUUUACAGCAAGACACGAACUUUAGAGCAAUUAAGAUUUAUUUCCUACGCAAAAUAAUUUCAAAUAAUACUGGCUGUGGAACACUUCAAAGAUGGUUCACAAGUCAAAAUGCACUUAUUUUUAGAUACAGUCCUCGUUUUGGUCCAUAUACUUCAUCGAAAGCGUAUUUAGUAAGUGGUUUCCAUGUCUCAAUUGUGUUAUGUCUAUUGUUGCUGACGUGAUUACAAGUCUCUUGAGGUAUUUGCCAUUCAGGCAAAGAUAAUCUCAUUUGACAUAAUGUGCACCGAGAAUUGAAUUUCUAGGAUAAUUGACUCGCAAGGUCUUACAUAUGCUUAGAAGUUUAAUUAAUAGAGUCAUCUGGAUGCCACAUUGGCUGCUACCAUCUAACUAUAACAUGAGAAUAUGUUGGGAAAACAUGAAAAGAUAUUGGAAAAUAGACGGAGAAAUGUUAGAAAGUUCAGUCAAUGAACAUUUGGAAAUAAACAUAACAGAAUGAGCAAAUGUUGACAGUUUCACUUACUGAAGAAUUGUAAAUAAGCGUGAACAGCAAGAGAAAAUCUCUCCAGUGAAUGACCGACAGAGAAUAAAUAAAUAUCGAUCGACUGUUAACAGAGCAAAGUUUUACCAAUACGAACUUCCUGAGCAACUCGUUUUGCAUGGGAUUAUAGGUUUCACUCAACAACGAGAACCGCCUUACAGGGAA